AUGAUGCACAGGCCCAUCCGCGUGCACGUGGUGUGGUACGGCAGUGCGUUCACAGAGCGAUUCAAAUCCGCUGUGCGGCUCUUCGUCAGCUCCCUCGCUCCCUCUGCUGACCCUGCUGUCACCGUGCCCCUCUGGUGGAACAUCAACCGCAUGUAUUACGACAGUGACGGCCACAACGUCACAGCCAACAUCACUUUAGGCCAAGAAGCAACCGUAACCAGCAGCGGUAACCUGACCACCUUUGACGCUACAGCGGACGUGGUACGGCAGGCUUUGGACGCAGGGAAGCUGCCGAUAAGCGCAGACGACAUAUACUUGCUUCUGACGGAUAAGAACACGGUGCAGAGCGGUUCGAAGGAGAACGCAGGGGCGCGCUGGUGCACUAGCUACUGCGCCUGGCACACGUUCUUUGACUAUAACACCACCAAUGCUGCUGCUGCUACUGGUGCCAGCAGCAUUGUAGCCAAGAUCGCAUGGGUUGGAGACCCCACCAUCUUCUGCCCCGGCUGCGGCCUCACCACCCCUCUCCUCGACUUCUACCCAUCCCCCAACGGGGACCCUGUGCACGAGGCGAUAAUCUCCUACGUCGCCCACGAGAUCGCCGAGACAGCCUCCUCCUGGAACAUGCGCACGUGGCUCGACUCGGGCCUUUUCGAAAACGCCGACAAGUGCCAGACGUGGUUCGGCACGUCGACGCAGUUGAACACCGCGACGGCUUCAACCGGAGGGUUGUUUAAUAUGCGGGGGAUUAAUGGGUCUAAGUUUAUCGUGCAGGCGAAUUGGGAUCUGGUGCAGAAUAACAGGUGUGUGAUUUCUGCUCCUUAUCCCCCGGACCCGCCUCCUCCUCCUCCGUCUCCCCCUCCCCCUUCUCCCCCUCCUCCUUCCCCGCCCCCACCCUCACCUCCCUCUCCUCCUCCCUCCCCUCCUCCCUUCCCUCCUCCCUCUCUUCCUCCCUCUCCUCCUCCUCCCUUCCCUCCUUCCCCUCCUCCCUCCCCUCCGCCCUCCCCUCCCCCCUCCUCUCCUCCACCUUCCCAACGUGCCCAACCACCAGCAACACCGCCUAAAGGUCCUGAUCCUGGUAGGAAUUUCAGAGCGUUCAUUUGCAGAGUGCUUAGGCGGUGCAAAUGA